UGUUGCGGAGUAAUUUUGGUGCGAUAGAUAUUUCUAAAUAUUUUAGUGAGUAGGAGGCAAUAAAGGGAAUUGGAAAUUAUUAAUGCAUGGAAAUACGAGUGUUAGAUUCAAUUCCGAGUUCUUCUUGAUGUGAUCCUGCCGAGGAGCGGAUAGCCGCCAUCAUGUCGGGAGGACUUGCUGUUAUGAGCCUUGAGGAGAAUGAUGUGACAAGGUUUCUUGCAGCAUCAACUCAUUUGGGUGCCAACAAUGCAAACUUUCAGAUGGAACAAUACGUCUUCAAGAGGCGUCAGGAUGGUGUUCACAUCAUCCAUUUGCGCAAGACCUAUGAGAAGAUCCUGCUAGCAGCACGUGCAAUUGCUGCCAUUGAAAAUCCUGCUGAUGUGUAUGUGAUAUCAUCACGCCCCAUGGGACAGAGAGCUGUACUCAAAUUUGCAAGAUACACUGGUGCCACUCCAAUUGCUGGGCGCUUCACUCCUGGAGCAUUCACCAACCAAAUCCAGGCUGCUUUCCGUGAACCUCGACUGUUAGUUGUGACUGACCCUGCUUCGGACCAUCAGCCCAUAACUGAAGCAUCUUAUGUUAAUAUCCCUGUUAUUGGAUUUUGCAACACUGAUUCUCCCCUUCGUUUUGUGGACGUUGCUAUCCCAUGUAAUAACAAGAGUCCUCACUCAGUUGGUCUGAUUUGGUGGAUGUUGGCUCGUGAAGUUCUACGUCUGCGUGGCACCAUUUCCCGCAACCUUCCUUGGGAGACUGACGUUAUGCCUGAUUUGUUCUUCUACCGUGACCCUGAGGAACAGGAGAAGGAAGAAGCUGCCAAAGCUGAGGCUGCCAAGGCUGAAGCAGAGGCAGCUAAGGCAGAAGUUCCAGCCCCAGAGACUUGGGUCAAUGAUGUAGCUGAUGCAGAGGCUCCUGUUGCUGCACCUGCCACACCUGUUGCUGCUAGUACAGCUCCAGUGGCUGGUGUGGGCAUACCACCUGCUGCUCCUGCAACUGUUGAUGACUGGGGUCAAGCUGGUGAUGACUGGGCUGCUCCUGCUGCUGGAACUGGCGAUGAUUGGGGUGGUGCAGGUGAUGGUACCAACUGGUAAACCUCAAUAAAUAAUAGUCAUGA